AGGUAGCUUCAUUUGAGAGCACCAGAGAACAAGAUAGCGACACUUUUCGAUUUAGUUAUGUGGAAGAGGAAGUGCUACUAGUACGAUAAAUUUUAUUCUCACCGACACGACCGGAAGUAUCCUUCAGAGGUGUGGUUCCAUCUGUACUACAAGUAAGUAUUCUUGUCAUCCUGCUGGACGUCGAUACACGUUGUAGUUUCAUGAUCCAUCAUGCAGUUAAUAUUCCACUUGCACUUGUAGACCACACUGACGAACACCAAAAUGUUUAGUUUUUUCGGCAAUGCUGGCGAUUCAUCCUCGUCUAAUAGUGGGGAUAAGGAUAGGUGCCGUAGAGGCUCUUCUUCCUCAUCAGUUAAGACCCUUGCUGCUACUUGAACUCUUGUUUCUUUCAUCUUCGGAAUUCAAAAGAAAUUGAAUUCCAUCCUUGCGAAGAUGAAUUCACGGAUACUAUACAGAACAAGCAAAAAAAGGGGAUGGAAAAAGUCAAAACUGUCGUGGACUGCAAACCAAUUCCUAUCCUAUCCUAUCCUAUCCUAUCCUAUCAAAACAUCAGAGGUGGGCCGGGGGGAUGGGGACCGGGACGAUCAUGGAAGAAUAAUACAUAUACAAAAACACAGCAACUCCAACUAGCUACAUCAUAAAUAGGUCUAAACCUUGCAGGAGUGCAUCGAGCAGUAAGGAACAAGCUCGCGAGUGGAAUAGGAAGCUCAAAUCCGAAAUGAGGUCUCUGGAACGCGAGGUUAUGAAAUUACAGCGGGAAGAAGCAAAAGCCGCACGAGAAGUGAAGAACUACGCUCAAGUAUGGCCUGCUGUUAUUUGACGGAAAUAUUUAACUACUUCUACUUACGUAAAUAAAGUAAAUCUGAAUUCUCUUGCUCCAUUUGACGAGCAGCCUGAGAAGCAAAAAAUUAUGUCAAAGUCUCAGAUAGUUGUAUAAAUAUGUAGAAGUAGUUGUAGUUGAGUUGUAUAAUCCACCAAAUUUAUUUCGAGGUGGGCAUUGUAUCAGUUACUUAAUGACUACUUGAGUAACGCUAAUGUUAAUGUGACGUUGAUAAUCAGUGGUUUUAUGAUCUUCUACUAUUUCUUCACUACUACACUCCCUUUUCAUCCUUGAAGAACGAGAUCGAAGCAGCGCGAACGCUGGCCAAGGAAGUGGUGCGAGGUCGAAAGACGAUUCAGCGGUUGCAUAUAGCGAAGGCGAACCUGAAUUCGGUGUCAUUGCAGCUAACAACACUACUCGGAAGUAUGAAGGUAGCGGAUGCCAUGCGAGAGUCGACGGAAAUCAUGUUAUGGACAUCUUCACGGGAGUACUCAUCAAUAGAGAUCGUACUAGUCGAGUUCUUGUUCGAGUUCGUCUAAGUAUGAAUAUAAUUGCAAAACUUCAACUUCAUUGGAAGACUUGUUCAUCUUCAUUGGAAGACUUCCACUUCAUUGGAAGACUUCCACUUCAUUGGAAGACUUCCACUUCAUUGGAAGAUGUGAAGAUUGACGCCGGAAGAUUGAUUCUAUAGGGCGUUUUGGUUCUACUUCUUGUUCUAUCCACGUUGUUCUAGUACUACCUCCUCAUCACCUUCUAAGAAAACAAUCCAUGAAUAUCGCAGUCGGGUCUAUCAGCAGCAUGCGGCAGAUGGCAUCUGAAAUGCAAAGGGCGGGGUUGAUACGAGAACUCGUGGAAGAAAACAUAGAGGAAGCGAUGGAAGUUGUCGGAGGGGUGGAAGAGGGAGAUGAGUUAUGAAUGGUUUGCUUUCUCAGACUGGAUAGUUCGUUGAACUAUGAUGGCUACUCCUACUAGAAGAGGGAGGUGUAGUCAGGAUGUCAUAUAUUUCUUGGUGAUGUUUAAAGUUGUAGAAAACUGAAAAGCAACAUUUUGAGGUCUAUUCAAGUACGUGCUGCACGUGGACAAGUAAGUAUGUAUGGAAAGUCUAGAUCUAGAAGAAAAUGGUAUUUUACUCGUCUUUGAUGAUGAAGAGGACGCUUAUCUCUAACCCCAGCAGCUCUAGUCGACGCAGUGUUAAAGGAGGUUGCAGCAGACACCAUGGCGCAAGCCAAGACCGUGCCAUCUACCAGCCUACCAAGUGCAGCGGCCGCCUCUCGUAUACAAGAGCACAGUGCAUCAGAGGCUGUGAAUAAUGGUAGUACCUCUGCAGUAGAGGCCAAGGCGGUGCUGGAUGCGGAGGAAGACCUGUUAGAGGCGAGAUUGAAUGCACUAUGACAUAUCUGCACCAUUGCGCUUCUUGGUGUAUUUUUUCUUCACGGUAUUAACCUAAAUACGACAAUUGUUCAUAGCCUCAUGGUCAUGUGCAUAUUAUCGUUUUGCGGCAAAAUGGUGCUGGUGACGCGGAGCUAACAUUUCCUUGUGCUUCUACGUGGC